GUUUGGCUUUGCUGAAUGCUUUUCCAAGGGGGAGCAGAGAGGGGGAACAAAAAGGAUGGCCCUUCAGGGGUUAAUGAUGUACCCAGUGCUGAGCACUCAUUGUAUCUGCAUUUCCUUUCUUCCAAGUCAGACUCAGGGAACAUUUGCCGGUCUCCCAUAGCAGAAGCUGUUUUUAGAAAACUUGUAACUGAGGAAAACAUUGAAAAGCAGUGGAUGAUAGACAGCGGUGCUGUUUCUGACUGGAAUGUGGGACGCUCCCCUGAUGCAAGGGCCUUAAGCUGUCUAAGAAAUCAUGACAUUAUGACGGCCCAUAAAGCACGACAGGUUACAAAAGAUGAUUUCCUGACAUUUGAUUAUAUACUUUGCAUGGAUGAAAGCAACCUACGAGAUCUGAAAAGAAAAAGCAAUCAGAUUCAGAACUGCAAAGCUCACAUUGAGCUCCUUGGAAGUUAUGAUCCACAGAAACAACUAAUUAUUGAGGAUCCAUACUACGGAAAUGAUGACGAUUUUGAAACCGUUUAUCAGCAGUGUCUUAGGUGUUGUAAAGAAUUCUUGGAGAAAUCUCAUUAACAGGGCUCAGUGUUUCUAAAAGUAAUGUCUAGCCAUUCUGUAAAGGUAUUAAUUAAAAUCUCUAUUGACAUAAAAUUGUAAUAUUGUACCUCUAAAAUAGAUCCCAUUUGAACAUUCUUGAUUUUAGUUUUGUACUGCAUCUACUGUUUCUGUUCUCCUUGAGAAUUAUUAGUUUCUUAGAAUGAAUAUUGACUGUGGCCAAUGUCAACAUAUUGGGGGGGGGGGGGGGGGGGGCCAAAGUUUACAGAACAAAUGUAGGCAAUUCCUGGUAUACAUGUUCUACAUAUUAUGUAUAAUAAUUUCUGUGUAUAUCCUCUAAAUAUAAUACACUAAUGUCAAUUUUAUUUAAAUUUAAACCUAAUCAUUUGUCUUAAAAGUAUACAUAUAUUUUGAACCUCCAUAAAAACCUCAUUCAUAAGGUUUUAAUGUUUUGUCAGAUAACUACUAAAGAGUAACACCAUGCUCUAUUUUUACAACAUUUCUGUAUAGGUUACCAUACAAAUGUUACGGUGGGGGGGAUAGACAAGUGCAUAAAUAAUUAUGUAUACAUUAAAAUUUCCAGACCUCUAGAGUAGCUGUGAUGUGUGAAUUUGCCUAUGCUACAUAAAUGUAGGAGAAACUCAAAGUUUAUGCACAGCUAGAUGUAUACUAUUCAGAUACUUUAUUUUUAAAAAAUAAUCUAGCACUGAUAACUGCUAAAAUGAUGUUAGAAGUGCUACUUUGUGAAGUGAUCUGAUCAGCUUUUUGGUCCUGGCCAGGGGUAGCAGAAUCAGAAUAAAUUACAUCAAUGUGAUUACUUAGCCUUAUGUAUACAUACUACAAAAUUCUAGAUACUAUGGCAAAGAUUUUUUUUCCCAUUUUAGCCUAAGUAUAUACAGUCCUGAUUACAGUUUGUUGAAAACAAAAGUGUCUGAAGUAUCAAAGGGAGUGAGUUAAAUGGCCAGUAAUUGCUCUAAUGAACACUAGGCAUGUCACUUCCCUUAUUUAUAGAAAUACAGACUAGGAGAUUCUUUUUUUUUUUAAAUGCAUAAUUUUUAGGUGAACUUUUUUUACAGAUAACGCCUGUAUACGUAUGGACUACCUCUUUUUUUAUUCUUGUGUUUACCCUUCAUCCUUAUGUUUCGUUGUCCUUGAUAUCUUCAUGCAUAUCUUGCUUUUGUUUCUAUUCCUAACAAAGUCAUCCUUAUUAUUGUCAUGCUCCCAAAAAGUACACCAGUUAUUGAUGAUCUUCAGAGCUUAGCUUCCUGCUCUGCUUGUAGGGUGUUUUAAUAUUAUUUUCCAGUUGUCUUUCUUCUAAUUAGAACAUCAGGCAGGACUGUGUCUCUUCUGUACCAUUCCUAGAGUUUUAGAGAGCAAUGAGAAGCACAUGAAUAGAAUCUUUCUACAUUGUGCCAUGCUAUUGCCCACAUUGAUUUAACCUGGCUCAUUACAUAAAACAUGAUUUUGGGAAGA